AUGGCUUCACUCGGCGCGGGGACCACCGGCCGCUCGUCGACCGGCGAUUCGCCGUUUGAAAACAACGUCGGGUCCGAGUCAGUUGUCAGUACAUACCGUGAUAGUAUCAGAGAGGGCGCUGCAGAAAGCGCCGAAGCCGGAGUGCGCGGGCGGGGGAGACUGGGGCGGCGAGGAGCCGCCGGCGUGGUCCAUGGUGGCGCGCGGCGCGGGAGCGCGGGCGCGCGCGGUCGGCUCUCGGCGGAGCACUGCCGGCGGCCGGUCCGCUGCCGCUGCCGCGCGGCCGCCCGCCCGCCUAGGGCUGCCACCGAUACCAGCUACGCACCACGCGCGCCUAUACAGGCGGCGAGGUGCAAGUCACGAGUUUACAGCGAGAUGAUUGGUGAUCAACUGCGUGUAGCAUCUCUUCGGAAUGCAACCAACGGGCAGCAUCUGUGUGGAGCGACGCUGCUCACUCAGGAGUUCGCCAGCACUGCCGCUCACUGCGUCCACGGUACAGGCUACAUGAUUCAGCUGAACAAUUUCUGCGGGGACCCGCCGAAUGCUACAGUCUUGGAAGUAUUCACGCACGAGCGUUAUGAUAAGUACUCACGUGCUCACGAUAUUGCUCUGCUUCGAGUGGAGCGACUAGAUUUGCCAGGGCUUAAUGAAAACGUGCUACCUGAGCAUUCGUUCGGUGCUGGAGGCGAAUGCAUGGUGUACGGUUAUGGCGUUAAAGACGUGUCUGCAAACGAGCUGUCACAGGCUCUAUUAGCAGCCAAUGUAAGGAUAGUUCCUCUGGACGAAUGCACACAAUCUCUUGGGUCCUACAUGGUCCCGGAUUUCGACAGCGGAAUGUUAUGCGCUGUCGGCAAUGGCGUUGAUACUUGUGAAGGUGACUCCGGCGGUCCCCUGAUGUGCUACGGCCUCGUGGAGGGCGUCAGCAGCCACGGGCUCGGCUGCGCUGCCCCGGGCGUGCCCGCGGUCUACACAAGUGUUAGGGCACACUUGGCUUGGAUACAGCGAGUUAUAGGGACACGUACACAAGAGGACACGUUUACAACAUGAGGCUAGACACUUUUAGCGCAUUCACUGACAAAGUUUUUUAAGUACACUACACGCGUAGCGAAUAGCAUUUUACCGCUUUUUUUAUAAAUGGGCUUACUCUUGACCACAGACUAGCCAAAGGCAAAGACGUGGCCUACGAUGGAGUGAGCUCGCCCAGAAGAUGCCUGUUCACCCUUGAUUUGAAGGUUGCCGGGUUAUAUGGGCUUUGAAGAACAGACUACGAACAGAUUGCCCGUUGCAGGGUUCCCGGCAGUCACCUUCACACAUCCUAUCACAGUCCUAUCUAUGAAAUUAUAAUCGUUUGCAUUUGGACCAGAACUGCAUCUAUAUCGUUCAGAAAAAAAAUAAAGAUUAUUUCGUACAUUUUAUAGGCGAAUAUUCCACUGGAAUAUUUUGACAUUAUUUUCUUUCAACAUAAACAAAUACUGCAACAUUCGUUGAAACAACACUAAUUUGAUUUCAUCUCAAUAAACAUAGGUCGCAAAUGUACGACUAGUUAUACUCGUUGCGUAAAUGAGUUAUAAAACAAUUGAAACAAAAAUAAGUAGAAAAUAGUCAAAGGAAUAUGGUCAAUCGUCUACCUAUUCGUACUUAAAAAAAAGGAUUCGAACCUAAGUUGCAGAGUCCUGCCCGAGGUGUGAACCUUUCCUUUAAUUAAAAAAAAAAAUAUGUAACUAAAAUAAGAUAUAGGUACUAAGUAGGUAGGUACAGUCGACUACAAAGACAUGUAUCCAUUUUUUCACCUUAUUGCAUUGUAAUUGCGAAGGAAAAAGUUUUGCACAAUAUCUGUACUUACCACAGGCAGCUAUUUUAUUUUCGAAUUCAACCCCGUAACGACAUGUAGGUAAGUAAAACGGGGAGAUGAAAUUUUGAAUAUAAGAAAAAACAAUAAUUUGCAUACAGUAUCGUACAUUUAUUCGCAUUUUAUACCAUUUUAUAACAUUAAGCCAAAAUACAUACAAUACAUAAAGUAAGGUAGAAUUAUUUGGAUUGGAAGGCAUAUCGUCACUACUUUUAAAAAAACUUGUAUCUUCAUGUGUCAAUGAAAAGAAAAUUGUA